AUGCGGCUCCGGUAUGCAGCCAAGAAAGGCUUGUUUGGGGUAUGCGAUUGUUCUAGCUGGUACUACAUUGCGCUUACUUCAAUAUGCCGCGGUGUUUACCCCCGGCCCCUCCUCUCGUCCCUAUUUCUACUGCAAAUUCGCAGUGAUAGGGCCAUGACCUACGACAAAGUUGCAAACGCAGCGACACCGUUUGCGCUCUCUGGCCAAGCAAACGACAACUCUCAGAUUCUUCCUCGAUGCGAGAUCAAUUGUGACAUGGGAGAAGGCUUCGGUCCGUGGAAAAUGGGUCCUGAUGCAGAGCUCAUGCCUCUUAUCGACACUGCCAACAUAGCUUGUGGGGGCCAUGCUGGAGAUCCCAGAAUCAUGAGGGAAACCAUCCAGCUCGCCAAAAAGCACGGAGUUCGAGUUGGAGCCCAUCCAGGUUUACCCGACAAGGUUGGAUUUGGCCGGAGACAAUGGGCGCUCUCGCCUCAGGACGUAUACGACAUGGUGUUGUACCAAGUCGGAGCCUUGAAGGCAUUCUUAGAUGCGGAAGGUAUGCCAUUACUGUACAUUAAGCCACACGGAGAGUUGUUCUUUUACGUUGAGAGGGAUGAAGAGAUCAUGCAUGCGGUGUUAGACGCAGCAAAGGUGUUUGGCGUUCCAGUGAUGGCCGGUAAGAGUGUCCAGGUAUGA